AAAUUUGAAUGACUCGAAUAAACCAACUGCAAAGAUAGAUUUAUUUUUUUCUCAAAAAUGGCUACAAUCUUAUAAUACUAAUGCGCAAACUAUAUUUUAUGUUGGUGAAUUGCAUGAAUUAAAGUAGAUUUCUUCAUCAUAGUUUAAUAAGUUUUUAAAAAAAUGGGUAAUAAGUGUUGUUCAAAAAGACAGCCUGAUGAAUUUACUACAGGAUAUAAAAAGAAUGAAGCAAAUUUCUCCGUGAACUUGUCAAAUCCUAAACAUAACAGUAACUCAUUAGAUUCCCGUUACACACCAGAUCCAAAUAACAGACUUGGUGUGAAGCAUACAAAAAGUGGUAUAGAUAUUAUAAGAAGUGGUAAUCCUCGUAAUUUGUCACACCCAAAUACAAGUCAUCGUAGAACAGUCGUUGCUUUGUAUAAUUACAAUGCACGGGAAGAUACGGAUGUUUCAUUCGUUAAAGGCGAUCGAAUGGAAGUAUUGGAUGAUACGGAGUCAGACUGGUGGAGAGUAAUACAUUUAACGACUAGACAAGAAGGACUGAUUCCAUGGAAUUUUGUAGCCGAAGAAAGAAGUGUUAAUAGUGAAGACUGGUUCUUCGAAAACGUCUCAAGAAAAGAAGCGGAUAAGUUGUUGCUGGCCGAAGAAAAUCCAAGAGGAACUUUCCUCAUUAGACCAUCUGAACAUAAUCCUAACGGUUUUUCACUGUCUGUUAAGGAUUGGGAAGAAUCUCGAGGCUAUCAUGUAAAACAUUACAAAAUUAAGCCUCUUGAUAACGGCGGGUAUUUUAUAGCAACAAAUCAAACAUUUGCGAAUCUACAAUCAUUAGUGAUGGCUUAUUCGAAAAAUGCUCUGGGACUAUGCCAUGUUCUUUCCCGUCCUUGUAGAAAGCCACAACCAACCAUUUUUGAUCUUGCACCUACAUUAAGGGAUGAAUGGGAGAUUAAUCGCAAUGAAAUUCAGCUCAUACGAAAACUAGGACGAGGAAACUUUGGCGAAGUUUUUUACGGAAAAUGGAGAAAUAAUAUUGAAGUAGCUGUAAAAACCUUACGCGAAGGCACAAUGUCUACACAAGCAUUCCUCCAAGAAGCAGCUAUAAUGAAGAAAUUUCGUCAUAAUCGCUUGGUAGCUUUAUAUGCUGUUUGUUCAAAAGAAGAGCCCAUUUAUAUUGUACAAGAAUAUAUGGGAAAAGGAAGUUUGCUUGAUUUUCUUCGAGAGGGCGAUGGACGUUAUUUGCAAUUUGAGGAUUUAAUAUACAUCGCAUCGCAAAUAGCUUCCGGUAUGGAAUAUUUGGAAACAAAGCUAUUAAUUCACCGUGAUUUAGCCGCAAGGAAUGUAUUGAUCGGAGAAAAUAAUGUUGCAAAAAUCUGCGAUUUUGGAUUAGCUCGCGUUAUUGCAGAUGACGAAUAUUGUCCUAAACAAGGUUCAAGAUUCCCUGUAAAGUGGACAGCUCCUGAGGCAAUAGUUUAUGGAAAAUUCUCCAUAAAGUCUGAUGUAUGGUCAUAUGGUAUUCUUCUUAUGGAACUUUUCACUUUUGGACAAGUGCCGUAUCCCGGUAUGCAUAGUCGAGAAGUCAUUGAACAAAUAGAAAGAGGCUAUAGGAUGCCCAAACCAACAAAUCAUCACUUACCUGAUAGCAUUUAUAACUUAAUGUUAAACUGCUGGGACGCGAUUCCAGAAAAAAGACCCACAUUUGAAUUUUUAAACCACUACUUUGAAAGCUUUAGUGUUACGUCGGAGGUACCUUACAAAGAGGUACAUGAUUAAAAGCUAAUAAUAACUGUCCCUUAAAAAAUCUUCACAAAAUAUGCAGUAAGUAGAUUCGCAUUUCCAAAUAUGCUUUUUAGUUGUUGAUAAACUGAAAAUUUAAAUGAAAUGAGCUCUUAAAAACACUAAAGAAGAUCUCAUAAAUUACUUGACCG